AUGGAUUCUUCACCAACUAUGAAGCGCAAUGGACUUGGCAAUGUCAAGGACAUCCAUGUCAAAGAUUCGAUCACUGCAAACAUGUCGAACACCAUACGCGAAGAGGCGUCUCCCGAGCCCGUCCUCGACCCCGAGCUCUUGGAAUCCGAGAUGGAGCUCGUCACGUCUCUUGCUAAGCUUCAGAAAUUGGAAGAAAUGAUCCACCAACUCCGGACUUUACUUCCGGAGCGUCUUUUGGAGCCUCUGGCCCCCAUUGUGAAUCCCAAAGCUUCGACGGGAACUACGGUUCCAAACUCACCUCAAAAGCUGUUUCAGCAGCUCUCUCAAGCCGCACGUGCCGGCGUUAGUGAAGUCAGCGAGUUCCAGUCGUUGUGGCGCGGUAAAGACAUGAAGCCUGUCUGGGACCGCAUCGACACGCUGAUUUUUGAAAACGCCGGCCAGCUCCUCCAGUCAUCUGGAAUGUGGGAGGAAGAUUACGGUGCACUGUUCGAGGAGCUCACGAAACAAGACGCUGCCAGGAAAGAACAGGAGCAAAAAGUCAAGGAAGAGCUGGAGCGUUCGCAACUUCAGUCAGCGGAGGGAGGUUGGAAGGCCAUUGUCGACAGCUUCGCGCAGAAGAACAUACCUGGAGUGCGCAUCUCAACUACCAAGAGUGAAUCUUCUUUCGCUAUCCUCCUUGCGAAGGCAGGAAUGUCCUUUAAGGUUCAUGCCAUCAAAGCUGCUCAAGAAUCUGAAAUUCCCGAAUGGCAGGUUUCCAGCAAGCAGAUAGCAGAGCCGCCUUCAAAGCUGGAAAGUGCUGUCUUGGAUUGCCUCAAUUCGCGUUCGAGAAAAUGGGAUCUUCUAUAUCUGCUCGAAAUGAUUUCGUCCUAUUCGAACAUGUUGCAAACAACCUGCAUCAAGUGCGGCAGUAUUACAGACAAAGCAGCGAAUCUCCCAGCAAUUCGCCGUCUCAAAGCAACCCAGCCGCCCAACGGGCCUGAACCCGUAUUCGACGCCUACCACGCUACUUGUAUUUAA